GCUAGCGCAUGCGCAGUUUACACAAUCCCCUUUCACACGCGAGAUUCUUAUAGCCUAGCUUACGUUAAAGGUUAGCUACUUAGCACGUAACAAGUUUGUUUAAGCGAAUGUAGUCACAUAAAAUUAUGUCUAAUUUAUAAACGUUUAUUUGGAUUUUUAAUCUCGGAGUAAAUUGUUCGGGGUUUCAUUGAGAGGUAGCCAUGGCGAAUUUGUCCAGUUAUGCCGUGCGCAUGGCUCGCCUCAGCGCCCGCAUCUUUGGUGACGUGGUGCGGCCUACAGACUCCAAAUCCAUGAAGGUGGUGCAGCUGUUCAAAGAGCCUCCUAUGGCGCAGAAGAAAGAGGUGUACGACUGGUACCCUCAGCACAAGAUCUACUAUUCCCUGACCCAGAAACUCCGAUACAUGGGCCUCUUCAGAGAUGAACACCAGGACUUUAAGGAGGAGAUGCGGCGUCUCAGGAAGCUACGUGGAAAAGGAAAGCCCAAAAAAGGAGAAGGAAAGAGAGCCAUGAAGAAAAAGUAGGCAAGAAGAUGCUGUAUUUAAGGGCGGCUUUGUCAGGAGUCGUGAAGAAUUCCUGCAUAUCUUGGAGGACAUUCAAGAGUUUGGGUGUAGUGACUGUCCCAUUCUGCUGCUACAGAGAAUGCAGAGAUGUGAAUCCUCAGCAGGAAGUGGAGAAAAUUCAAGUUAUCAGCUUGAGUGUUACUCAUUUUGUUGUGGAUUAAAAUAUUCACUUUCAUAGAA